AUGCCGGACGAGAAACCGUGCCGUUUGUCCUUCAGCAUAUCCUCGACAUACGACGACAGCCCGUUCGGUCUGCCUGAAAGCCCAUGGACGUCUACUCCGGGCAGUUUAGCGAACGAGCCGCUUUCGAAGACAGUCUUUCUCGUCCGUCAUGGUGAGGCUUUGCACAAUGUCGCAGAAAAGUCUGCUCUGCAACAGGCACUCGCCGACAACAACAAGACCAAUGACGAGACCUUGCAUCGAGAGGCCAUGGAGAUCGCACGAAAGUCCGCAUUGAGCGACGAAGGUUUGAAAGAUGCCCCGUUGUCCGCGAAAGGCAAAGAACAGGCCGUGGCCACAGCGGCAACUAUCAUGAAGAUGUUGCUAGACGAUGCCGAUUUAAAGCCGCCGGAAGCCAUCUUCGUGUCACCUCUGCAACGUGCUCUACAGACAGCAGCGGUCAUGUUCCCGAACCACAGCCGCGUCCAUGUCCGCAACCUCCUUCGUGAGCGAUGCACCGGCUUUCCAUGCGAUGAGAGGAGUGAGGGCUGGGACUUGGCGGGGCGGAAGACCUUCAGCUACAUGAGCUUUGACGAAGAUGUGGAAGAUGUGGACUGUGACCUCGACGAUGCCGAGGCGCGAUGGACCUGCCGGAACUCCCGGGAUCUGCGCGGCCUUGCAGAAGAUGCACCGAUGAGUUUUAUGGUUAUCAAGUCGAGAUGA